AAUGAGAUAAGAAACUGGAAAUAAAACAAAUCUUUUAUUUUAUAAAAUUUCAUGCUAUUUAUCGAUUAUAAUCGACCACAAAAUAAAAAAACAGAGAUUUUAUAAUAUUUUCUACUAUUAAAAUAAUUAUAUCUCUAAAAAUAAUAACAUUAAUAAAUAUAAAAUAAUCCAUACAAUUCAUUAAAUUUGUGAUUUUAGAAAAAAAUUCUCAUAAAUUUAAUAUUCAUGUGCUAUUGUUUCAUUUCAUUCUGAAUCGAUAAUUGUAUCUGAAACGCAAAUAGAAAAAUAAUCAGAAUAAUCAAAAUAAUAAUUUAGAAUCAGAUGAUAUAAAAAUAUAUUAAAUGAUAUUUAUCUUAUAGAUAUAAGAUAAAUCUCAUCUAUGAUUCAAUUAAUAGAAUUAUACUCUAUUAUAUUCCAAAUUUUAUUCCAAAGUUUAUGAUAUAAGAAUUUGUUAUAAAACAUUUUAACAAUAAUUUUUUGAGAAAAAUUUUUUAUAUUUUUAUUAAAUUUUAUUUAAUUAAAUUGGCUUAUAUUUAUUUACUAAAUACUUUAAACCUUUGAAUUUUUAGAAUUUAAUAUUACUUUGAUUUAAAAAUAAUAGAGGAAAAAGUUAAGUUUUCUUAGGAGGAAAAGGAAAUAAUGACAUUGAAUUUAUAUAGCAAUAUAUAUUGUUAUAUCAAUAAAAAUCAUGAUAUUUAAUAUCACGUGAAAACGUAUCUUAAUAUACGUAUCUCGAUAAAUAGCAAUUGUGUUAUAUUCUCCUAUAUACUUCUUGCCCUCUUUCUCGAUAAUUCUUUAAAGUAAUAUUAAAUUUUUAAAAUCUAAAACCUUGGAAAUCUUGCUUAUAUUAUAUUGUUGCAUUUUAUAAAACUUAAAAUUUCCUCUUACUUUUAAGAAUAUAAUUUAAUUAUUAUUUUUGUCAAUUAAAAAAUUUGAUUAAAUAUGAUCACGGAAUCUUUGCAUGAAUAUUUGGAAAUCGUGGCUGGAUAUAUAUUUGAUGAUGACAAAUUGGUAACAUAUAAAUGGUUAAGUAAAGUAUUAGAAGUUCAUGUUAAUAUUGCAAAACAAAUUUUAUGGGAAUUUUGGCAAAAAUAUAAAAAAGAGAAAGAAUUUGUUUGUACUUUCUUAUUAAUGGGAAUUCUAUAUGAUAAUGGAAUGCAUGUUGAAAUUGUAAAAGAGAAAGAUCUAAUAACAUCAAAAGAAAAAUAUAGUAAAGUUAUUUCUGAACAUAUUUAUAGUCUUCAGAAAAUACUUCCUGAGAUACAGCUACUUGGAAAUACUGAAAAUGGAGAUAUUAAAUUCAGUGCAAUUAAAUGUAUUGAGAACAAUGAACGAAAUGAUGAAGAAAUGCAUAUUUUUCGUUGGGGUCCUAUAUCAAAUGGAAUUCAAUUUGCUCCUCAAGAAGAAACACAAUCGAUAUCUGAAUCAAAUGAAAUAAAGAAGAUAAUUAAUCCAGAAAAAAAGCAAACUUUUAUAAAAAAAAAUGAAAGAAAAGGUUUUGAUAACUUGUUUGGAAAAGUCAUUAAUAAACAGAAAAAUUUAUAUACAUCAUCUAUUGAAGAAAUGAAUAUGGAAUCUUCUAAUAUAAAAGAAACAUCUAAAAAUGUUCUUAAAUCUUCAAAAGAAAUUAUACAAAAAGAUAAAUUGAAUAAUUUUCUUCAAUCAAAUGAAAAUCAAACAAAAGCUGUAAAAUCUCCAAAUAAAAAAAAUAGUAUAAAUUCCAUACAAAAGAAAAUUACUCUUAGAGAUAAUAAACAAAAAAAUAUGCGUGGUAAAAAACGUAGUCAAAGCAAAGAUUUAAAUAAUACUACAAAAAAGCAAAAAUGUAUUACAAUUCAUGAUGAUUCUAGUAAUACAGAAUCCUCUAAUGAUGAUAAUGAACAAGAAUUAGAAUUACCAAUCUCACCUGAAAAUCUUUCUUCUCCUAUAAGCAAGGAUUCUAUGACUCCACAAAUGAAACUUGAAAAUGGAAAACGUAAAGUUUUAAAAAUAGUAGAUAAAACAUUUGAAGAAGAUGGUUUCCUUGUAACAAAAAAAGUACAUGUUUAUGAAAGCUGUUCUGAAGAUGAAUUAGAAAUUCUAACAAAAAAAUCUAUGAUACCUGAAUCACAUUUAGAAUUUAAAGGAAAAAAAAAUACAAAACAAACAACUUUAAUGAACUUUUUUAAAAAAUCAUAGUAGUUUAUUAUAUUCAUUAUAUCUUAUAAUUUAAAAUAAAGUAUUAAAAUUCAAAAA